GCCAGGGAGUCCAGGCGCCCGAGGGGCUCGUCCUGCGAUGGAAGUCGCUGCAGGGCCGGGGCUGCGCUGCAAGCCCGUGGGCUGACCGCAGGCCGGGCAGGCGGAGCGGGCGCACAGGGCCGGGCUCUCGGGUGAGCUGCGCACCUGCCGCGGGGCCGGAGGGGCGGCCGCACACGAUGGCGGGACUGGGCCGGGCUGGGGGUGACGACUCGGCCUGCGCUGCGUCCCCUCUCCUGGGGGACACGAGCUCGCCCACCGCGGGUCUCCUGCCUCCCGCACCCACCUCGGUCCGGGGCUGGUUGACCCGCGGGAAGGGGGCGCCUUGCCGCAGAGAACCGCCCCCCCCCCCCCACACACACACACACACUCCUGGUGCGCCACUGGGCGCUCCUGGGCGCUCGGACAAAGACCCCGGAGGCAUGGCGGGCGGCGGCGUCCCCUCCGGGGCCCGGGCCCCACUGCGCCAGGCUUGGGGCACCAAGCAGAGCCCGUGAGGAACUGGGGUCCUAGCAAAGGCUAGAGGGUUGGGAGUGAGGAACUUGGCACCGAAGCCUCGGAACUUGAGCCCAGGAGCCUUGAUUUAGAAAUGUCCUCGGUGCGGUGGGCGCUUCGGAGGCCCCGGGCUGUGAGCAGCGGAGGCAUGUAAAUAGGCUGCGCCGGGCGGCGUGGCCGGGUGGGCAUUUCCCCUCCGCCCCCGCGCCCAGCUGGGAAGAGGUCAGCCUGGCUGGGAAGGGAGAGGACGGAGGGGAAGGAGUUGCCUUUUGGGGCGCAGCCAGCGAGACAGGCGGUCCUGUUAGAAAGAGAAGCUCCAGAUCUUCAUGGAUGCAUUUAUUUCAAUAUGUGUGCCCGCUGCGGAGCUGGGCCUGGGAGGCGGCAGCGUGUGACAUGCCCACAGGCGCGGGGAGGGGGACGAACACACCGAGCAGAGAGAAAGAUGGGAGCCCGCGGAGCUCUGGCCCUGCUCCUGCUCUGCGCGGCUGCCGCGGGGGCCUCCGAGAACUCCAGCACGUCCCGGGGCUGCGGGCUGGACCUCCUCCCGCAGUACGUGUCCCUGUGCGACCUGGACUCCGUCUGGGGCAUCGUGGUGGAGGCGGCGGCCGGUGCUGGCGCCCUGAUCACGCUGCUCCUGAUGCUCAUCCUGCUGGUGCGGCUGCCCUUCAUCACGGAGCAGGAGAAGCGGGACCCCGUGGGCCUGCACUUCCUCUUCCUGCUGGGCACACUGGGCCUGUUCGGGCUGACCUUCGCCUUCAUCAUCCGCGAGGACGAGGCGGUGUGCGCGGCGCGCCGCUUCCUGUGGGGCGUGCUGUUCGCGCUCUGCUUCGCCUGCCUCGCCAGCCAGGCCUGGCGCGUGCGGGCGCUGGUGCGGCGCGGCCGGGGCCCGCCGGGCCCGCAGCUACUGGGCGCCGCGCUCUGCCUGACGCUCGUGCAGGUGGUCAUCGCGGCCGAGUGGCUGGUGCUGACGGUGCUGCGCGACGCGCGGCCGGCCUGCGCCUACGAGCCCGCGGACUUCGCGUUGGCGCUCGGCUACGACCUGGUGCUGCUGGCGGCCGCGCUGGUGCUGGCGCUGCUCGCGCUGUGCGGCAAGUUCCGCCGCUGGAGGCGGCGCGGCGCCGGCCUGCUGCUCACGGCCGUGCUCUCCGCGCUCGUCUGGGCCGCCUGGCUGACCAUGUACCUCUACGGCAACGCCCGGCUGCGGCACGGCGAGGCCUGGGGCGACCCCACCCAGGCCAUCGCGCUGGUGGCCAGCGGCUGGGUCUUCGUGCUCUUCCACGCCAUCCCCGAGGUGCACUGCGCCCUGCUGCCCGCGCCGCGCGAGGACGCGCUCAACUACUUCGACGCGCCGCCGCCCCGGGUGCGCGAGACAGCCUUCGAAGAGGAUGCGCCGCUGCCGCGGACCUACCUGGAGAACAAGGCCUUCUCCAUGGACGAGCACAGCGCAGCUCUCCGGACAGCAGGGUUCCGCAACGGCAGUUUGGGAAGCAGACCCAGCGCUCCGUUUAGAAGCAAUGUGUACCAGCCGACCGAGAUGGCCGUGGUGCUGAAUGGCGGGACUGCCACUGGGAACCGACUGCGUUACACGUCCUUGUGCCAGGAAGUGGCCACUCAGCCCCGGUCCCUGGAGUCCUUCAGAGCCCCAACCCCACCUGGGACUCAGGACUUGGCUGCAGAGCCCGCAGGGGGUGUUCGCACCGCCCCUCCCUGGGCGCAGGGGCCCAGCAUGCCAGGCGAGCUUGGGGCAGCGACUGCGGGCAUGUAACCUUUGACCCCACACGUGGAACAGCUUUGUGUCAAGGACUGAGAUCUUUUUCCUUCUUUUCUUUUUAAGCCUCUGAUAGUGACUGCUCUGCGUUUUGCUUUAUUUGGGCACUAAGAUGGGCGCGGCCGAGUGCGGCCCUGGGCGGAGGUUGGGGGAGAGUGCGAGGUCUGCUGUUUCUUAGUGACGUCACUGGAAGGUACAGAGAGAUAGCUGUGCCCAGAGACGCAGCCAACUGUCCCCACAGAGCAAAGUUCAAGUACCAAGUUAAGUGGUGCCUGUUUCUGUGAACAGCCUUGUUGGGGAAGAUGAUCUGAAGAGGCAUCGGUGGUCAAAAGACCUAAUCGUAAGCACUCCUGUCCACAUUUGCUUACGAAACCACCGUGCACUCGCACAGCCACGCGUGCCCCCUAAUGGAGAUGGUCUUUAGAGGCUGGUGACUCCCCUGGAGAUGGAGCUGACAGGCACGCCGGGAAGCCGUGCACUCCAGGUCUCGGGUCUGUGGUUGGAAGUGCAGACGUAGGGGUCUUCUAGGUCGGCCAAUGCCGAGUUGAACCCCAACUGAAGGGAGCUUGUGGCUUUCGUGGCCCGAGGAUGCAGUGACCCACCAGCUCACAGGAGUGCCCAGCGGGUGCUUUGUGUUAAUUGAUAAAGAGCUAUGGCUCAUUUUUGAUAGAUAAUAUGUAUUUAUUAAAUGUAUUAACGUGUGUUUUAUAAUGUACCUUCAAAUCCUCCGCUGGCUGACUGUCGAGUACUUAUGAGAAACAAAAAUUAAAGAAAUUUCAAGACAAUCAAUAUGCACUAUACAUGACUGUAUAUAACUAUUACAAAGGUUGUAAUAGGUUGAAAAGUUUGUAAAGCAUUGGCAGAUGGAUUUUAUUUUCAACAUGCUAUUCUUAACACAGAAAUAAAGGCUUUACUAUUUACGUAA